AUGACGGAUUGGAAUAAUAUUUUAAAAAGAAAUAGAGAAUAUAUCAAAGCUAAGAAUAAAAUAAAGACCCAAGUUGAAAAAUACAAAUUACAACAACUCGGAUUAACAGAAAAUCUACAAACUCUAUUUCAACCCAUAUUAAAAUCUCAAGAGGAUAUUAAAAAGAAAUUAGCUUUAGAACCCACAGCUCAUAUAGAACCCAAACCGAUUGAAUAUAAUGGUAUUAUAAUUAGGACAUUAGAUGAUAUAAAACGUCUUUUUUCAAACCCUGACCCAGAUUUACCAAAGAGCAUUUCACCAAUCGUUGAUGAUGAGGUUGACGAAGUAGAUGAUUAUGCUGAAGACAACAAUCCAAUCAUACAAGAAAUAGACGAAUUCGAUGAUAUGGUGGCAUCUGGACAAGGUAUAACGUUUUUAUCCGACGACAAUAAAGAAUUGCUUAAUAGAUUAGAAAUAAUAUUAGCGGCCAUGAAGGAAGGUCAUCGAUCGGACAGACAAUACAACGAAGUCAAUGGCAUAUUAAAACGGCUUUUGGAGAAAAAAAUCAUCACUAAAAAAGACUAUAUAAACGUCAUUAAAAAUGUCCAAUAA